AUGUAUUUUUUGUUUAUUUUGUCCAGUGUUUUCGCAAUGAAUCAGACUAAAUCGAAGAUUAACAUCCCAUACAUAUCACCAGUUAGGAACAACCCUAAAAGGGGCGCUGUUAUCCUAGACGGUUCCACUAACGGCAACGGUGAACUUCCUUUUGUUGAAAUCGCAAACGCAGACGGCUACUUUUACAAAUCUCCUCAAGAUUAUAAAGAUACUUCCUACACUAAGAGGGAACGGGAACUUGAAGAACUACAGUCCAAAAGCAUGAACCACCUUGACUUCCUCAGUCCACUAAUAGGAAACCUCAGCAACAGAAUAUAA